GGGUAAAAGGCCCCCUUGAAGCUUCCCCCGUGUCGCUGGCACCUAGGUAGGUAGGAAGGAGGGGAAAAAAGCCCCCGUGGGUCAAGACAAGCUUCCCGACGUGCGUCACGAACUACCACAGCAAUCGCCUCCCAUCGACCUAAAUAUCCAAGUUUAUUAUGGGAGACUAGAGCCACAGCCGACAUGAUAUGCGCAGCCGGCUCUCCUGACAUCGACAACGCCUGCGUCUUCCAGCAACCCAACAGUAGCGAUGGCACAAGAAGACUCUGACCAAGAGGAUGCCAUCACCCAGGACGAGAUCCAAGGGACCGCUCCAACGCCUCUUGCCCCGCGAAACGCUUUCGCAGAGCUCAUGACCCGAAAGCGCAAGCCCGAACCCGGCCCCGCACCGUCCAAGUCCUCCCGCAACAAGCCCUCCCGAAGCCGCGACGGCCUCGGCGCAUACAUCGAGAACCCGUCUUCCUUCCCCGCCUCGCGUGUCAUAUACCACAAUGACGACUUCGUCGCCAUCAACGACCUCUACCCCAAGUCCAGCGUACACACGCUGCUGCUGCCUCGGUCUCCGAAGCAUAACCUCCUUCACCCGUUUGAAGCGUUUGAGGACAUCGAUUUCCUCGCGUCGGUGCAGCAGGAGGUGCUGAAGCUCAAGGACCUCGUGGCCAAGGAGCUUCAGCGGCGGUUCGGCAAAGGGAGCAGGGCGGACGAGGCGCGGGAAGCCGUGCUGGACGGGCGUGUUGAACAGGAGGGCGGAGAGCUACCCAAGGGCCGUGACUGGCACGCCGAGAUCAUCACGGGGAUACAUGCGCAUCCCAGCAUGAACCACCUGCACGUCCAUGUGCUCUCGCGGGACAUGUACUCGGAGUGUUUGAAGCACCGCAAGCACUAUAACUCCUUCAACACCCCGUUCCUGAUCGACGUCGCCGACUUUCCACUGGCGGCCGAAGACCCCAGGCGCCACCCUGCGCGCGAGGGGUAUCUCAUGAAGAGGGAUCUCGUUUGCUGGAAAUGCAAAGAGAACUUUGGGAAUCAGUUUGCGAAGCUCAAAGAGCACCUGACGGUUGAGUUUGUCCAUUGGAAAGGGGAAUAA